UGCGGACGCAUGCCAAAUCUUUUCGUCGUGAUUUUAGACUCAAAUGGAUUCGAAGAGAAAAUCUACUCGAACUGCACCUAGUACCAACCAAACUGCUACCUAUUUAAGAAGCAAAAUAAGAAGCCGGUUAACGCAACACCAGUUUUUUUUCUAUGUGAAAAACAUACAUAUAUAAAUUAUAUAUAUAUGAAAAAAAACUUUCCACAGUCAAAGAAAUUUUGCAACAAAAUUAUGUACACACUAAAAAUAUAAAAUUUUGAAAAUAAAAAAGAUUGCGUGUACCAAAAUCCGUCUAAAGUUUAUUUUGGUUUCAAAGUGGAUACUAAUAUUGUUACCAUCAUCAUCGCCCCAUACUACUCCCGCAAUUAAAAAUAAAAGAUUAUAAAAAAAAGAUAAUCCUAAAAUAAUUCUGUACGAAAAUUCUAUAUAAGUGCUUAAUUAAGACUGCAGAUUUUCAGUGUCGAUUCACAAAUAAUAUACACAACCAUAUAAAAUUUAUCCAAAAAAGCUUAAUAAAAGAAAUUUGCUUCUUCGCUUUAAAGUCCAUUUAUUCAAUUAGUCCAUAAGAAUAUAUAAAACUUUAAGCAAAAUCAGUUAAAAACAUAUAUCUAAAUAUAAAGUUAAUUAACUUUUUCGACAAGUAAUUUAAGAUAUCUAAGCUUUUUUCUGUCCAUUAAUUAUUCAACAAAUAAAAAUUGUAGCAGCAAAAUAAAGCAUUACAGAAUAUACAUAAAAAACAACACCAACAUCAGCAACAACAACAACUAAACAAAAGAGUUUAAAUAAAAAAUAACAUUAAUAAAAAAAAAUACUUGAAUAACUUUUUGUGUCAUCCAUACAAAGCCAGCACAAGGUGCAGUGUUAACAUUUUUGGGUUUUUAUGUGCAGAAAUAUAAAAAGUGAAUAAAUCAGAAAACAAAUUUAAAAACACCAACUCUUAUAGUUAUUUGCUAUUGUUGUUAUUUAGUGUUUAAAGCGUUUAAAAAAAGUUAAAAAACACUGUCUUGUUAAUUAGUUGGAAUAUUCAAUCGAUACACUCAUUGCUUCCUGAAGUCAGUUUUUGAAAAAAAAAGAACAAGCCAAAGGAAUAAUCUGUGAUGGGGGAUCAAGCUAUUGUUGAUCCCAAUGCUGGAAACGGAGCUGGAACAGCUCCAAUUGCUGUAGAACAAAACGUUGCUGCAGAAGCGGCAGAGCGAUCUGGGCCGGCAACGACUGGUAGUAAUGGAGCGGCGAGGAAUGGUAAUGGCGGUGGUGAUUAUGGUGGAAAUGGAACUGAAGGAAUUAAUGGUAGCGGUGGAGGUAGCAAUGCCAAUGGCGGUCAUCCGGUUCCAGAUAAUUUAAAUAUUAUCGCCAAUGGAAUGACCCAAGCCAACGGCAGAGCUGACAAUGGGGGUGAUGAGGACAUCGGAGUAGGGGAUGCGAACGCUGGUGAUGGCGCUGCUGACGAGAAAGUUGGACGAGCUCCGAUAGAUACCGCUUGCUCCGAAGCUGAUGGUGGACCGUCAAGUUUGGUUGGUAUGGUUGGACCCCCAAGUCCGCUAACUGGCUGUUAUUUAUUGAUUGUAUUGGGUGAGCCGCACUCGGAUGAACAUAAGGAUAACAUUUUGCAGAACUUAUUAAAGGGAUUUCUCUCGUGGGACGUAUCCGAUUGUCAUGUCGACCUAGAGGAUGAACUUAAUACAAUUACACAACAUGCCCCAGAGGGAGAGGAAGCUCGACACGGUGAACGAUUAAUUCAGUACGCUAGUGAGAAUCUAGUCACUGAAGUACUUAUUCACCCUCAGUACAAUACUCUGAUACAAUGCAUGAGAAAUUUACUAAGCAGUUUUACAAGGCACAGGCAUGUUAUACAUGCAGGCUACACAUUUUCUGGCAAUGGUUCCUGGAUACUACAGGACGGAACCUUUUCGGUAGCUGAUUUUUCAGAAGCAUUUCAGGAGCAUGACGUACAGAGGGUUUUGCGUGCCUAUCCUGAUACAAUCACUAUGAAUAUCCAUUGUGCCGACAACGGAUUGUGGAAUACUCUACCAGAAAAAUCUUUUGCAAGGUUGUGUAGAAUUCGGAUAAAUCCAAAUGAUGUCCUGAGUACAAGUAACGAGAGUAUAAAUGCAUUUAUCGAUUAUCUGGCCCCACUGAUAACUCCGGCAUCUUUAAGGGAGCUACUGCAAACGUCGGAUGUAGUGGGGAAUAUUCGGUUCACCCAUCCAACACUUUAUGUCUUCCCAGGAGGUCAGGGUGAUGCUGCUCUCUUUGGCAUUAACGGAUUUAAUAUGUUAGUUGAUGGAGGUUUUAACAGAAAGGCUUGUUUCUGGGAUUUCGCACGUCAUCUUGACCGCCUGGAUGCUGUUCUAUUGACGCGUAUUAAUAAUAGCAAUAUAAAUGGAAUGGCAGCCGUUGUUGAGCGCAAACGUGAAUCACUUGUCUAUCCCCAAAUUGGGCAUUUCUUUUGUAAUAUUCCUGAUCGCAAGAGCUUGCCUAGCCCUGAUGGUGACAAAGACAAGGAUCCACUUUUGGUAGACUUAUUUGAACGUGGUCACAAUCUAGUCAGUGGUGUAAAAUCUUUAGAUUUAAAACCACAGACUUGUUAUCGAAAUUCGGAACCAAUCAACCUUUACCACAAAGUGGGUCAUGGUACAUUGGAUAUGUAUGUGAUAAGUCCGUCUAAGGAUUCAAAAGAAGUAAAAGACUUCUUACAAAAAUGGAAUGCAGGCGACCAAAAGCUUUUUGCAGCAAAGGACACCAGAGAUUUUCAAUUCCCAUUACAGAAUCUUGUGUCAAUUUGUUCUUUAUUGGUAUGGCAGCCUGCAGAUCCUGAUGAUACAAUCACAAGAAUUUUGUUUCCUGGGAGCACACCUGAUUAUAAAAUUCAAGAAGGUUUAGAAAAAUUGAAGCAUCUGGAAUUUAUGAAAUACUCGACUUGCACUGCCAAAUCAAUUGCUCCUGUUAUUCAAACGGUUACAACUCGUAGAGUAUUCAAAUCCGGACCAUUAGAAAAAGGCAUUGCCGAACCUGUUGUUCCGUCCAAAACUGGAAAACCAUUACAACUAGAAAGAGACGCUAAUGUCGUUGAAGCACGAAUAAAAUCAACUUCUGUCCAACAACAGGAAGACAAUAAAAUAAAAGAUACUACAAUUGAAGCUGUAGAAAAGAAAAUCGAGAGAGUAUUGGAUAAAGAGGAAGACAGUCAUAUUUCUAAGAUAAUUGAUCAAGUUUCUAAGGAUCUGGAACAGGAUGGAAAAGAUGAAGAAAAGAAAGACGAUGAAGACAAUAAGGAAGUCACUGAAAAGAAAGUGGAGGUCAUGAUAGUAAAGCCACAACAACAACAAACCGAACCAGCUUCUAAAGAUGAUGUUCAUGAACAAAUCAAACCAAAACCGAAGGCAAGAACUGAAAAGCCACGUGCCGAAGUGAAACCUGUCAUUCGUUCACGAAUUGACACAAAGCCCCCUAAAUCUAUGGAGAAAAAGAUAUUUAAGAAAGAAGAUAGAAAAGCUUCUCCAACACACACUCCACGUAAGCAAGACGGUUUAACAAAACCUGCACAACCAAUUAAAGAAAAAGAAAUUAAGCCCAGAGUUAUUUCAAGAGUGGCAAAAUCAAGUCCUAGCAGUACACCUGCAAAGAGUGCUAAGGAUGCAAACAACCGUAAAGUUUUAGAGUCUAAGCAGCACAUUUCCAAAAUUUCUACCACUCGUAGGGAAGCAACAAGAACAAGUAGCACGAUUACUGAUAAAAAAGAAACUAAAAAAACAGAGAGGAAGCCGAUUUCUAGACGUCCUCGGGGAACUUCACCAACUAAAAGAGCUCCAGGAAGUCCAGUGAAAGUCAUGAAACCAAGAACAGAAUUGAAAAAGUCUCGAUUAGACAAAGGUGGUACUACUGAUUCUAGCUUGGUUUCAACACCUAGUGCAGAUGAAGUACCUACAGCAAAAAAAAUUCAAGACAUGGUUACGUCCCAGGAAUUAGAUGCCGCCAAGCAACGCGAGCUUGAUGAUCUUAAAGAAGAACAAGAAGUGGUUCGUGAAAUUGAAGCCGUUUUUAGUCGAGAUGAAAAGAAAAGAAAAAGUGAACUUAUAUCAGAUCAUCGUGAAAUUGCCAAACAAGACAGUACAACUGAAGCAGAUGAAGAUGAAGAGUAUCUUAUAAUUGAAAAAGAGGAAAUAGAACAAUACACUGAAGACUCAGUUGUUGAACAGGAAAGUAGUAUGACCAAAGAAGAGGAAAUUCAGAAACAUCAACGCGACUCACAAGAAUCGGAGAAAAAACGAAAAAAGAGCGCCGAAGAGGAGAUAGAAGCAGAAAUUGCAAAGGCAGAAGCUGAAGAACGGAGAAAUAGGCAGCAAGAAGAAGAAGAAGUGGAUGAGGAGGAAGAAGCUGAUGAUGAUGCUGACAUUCAACCUGAUUCUAUUGAAGAAAAAGUAGACUUGACAACUCCAGAAAAAACAGAAUUAAAAGCUGAAGUGCAAGAGAUAAUUUCCUCAGCAAAAGAAAUAGUCAAAGCCAGAACUGAAGAAGUAACAGUUAAGACAGAAGAGCUAUCAUCACCUUCGCGAGAAGAAAAAGUUAGCAGUGCAAAGAAAACGUCUGACACUAAAGAUGAACAGAUUGAAAAUGAUGCAGCGAAAGAAAUUAACUUGCAAGAAAGUCUUCCGGAAGAAAAGUUUUCUGCAACAAUUGAAUCGGGUGCAACAACAGCUCCAACAUUGCCGGAAGAUGAACGAAUUCCACUUGAUGAAAUCAAAGAGGACUUAGUGAUUGAAGAGAAGCACGUCAAGGAAGAAACGAAAGAAAUCGAAGCAGUUCGCCUCCAACCAAAACCCUUGUUAGGUAAAGAAGGGCCUGCAGUUGCUCCUGACAGAGUUCUUCCACUUAAAAUGACUUUUGAGACCCAACAAAAUCUUAUGCGCGAUGUUGUUAAGACUCCAGAUGAAGUUGCUGAUCUUCCAAUGCACGAAGAAGCAGAUUUUGGGGUUUACGAUGAAAAAGAAGUCCAAGACACGAAUAAACCUCUCUCAUUAAAAGAAGAAAUCGCUGAAGAAGAAAAAGAGGUAGAAGAAAAAGAAAAAGAAGAUACAGCAAAAGAAGCAAUGUCAAAAGAACAAGAGGAACUGAAACAUGAAAUGGUUGAAGUAAAACCUGAACAAAAACUAGCUGCUGAAAUUAAAGAAGAAAGUGACGAACAAGAAAAAAAGAAAACAGAAACAGGAACAGUUCUGGAUCAGAGCAAAGUGACUAAACCACAAAUUAUACAUGAUCAUGAUCAACCAGAGACAAAAUCUGAAAAACCUGAAGGUAGUUUAAGAAAAACUGAAUUAAGUGAUAAGAAACAUAUUACAAGUCCAGAUGAAAAAGAACAGAGUGAAAUGACUUCCGAGGAUGAAAUACCAGCGCAACUUCCAGCUGUUCGUGGAAAGGUAACUGAGCUGAAAGAAAAAGAAGAUACAACAUCUCUUGAAAGUCCUGCCACCAUUGAGGAAGCAAUUGAGGUAGAAAUAGAACAGACAUUGUUUGGAAAACAGAUUUUUACCAAAGAAAAAGAAGCUUCCGUUGCCAAGAGUUUGCUUGAAGAAUUGCAAAUUGAAUCUAUAAAGGCAGAACAAGAGACACAAAAACUGCGAUCACAAGUUGAAAUAAGUGAACAGGUAUCGGAAAUUGAAGCAGUAAUGAUAGAUUCAAUAAAGAAAGAGAAAAAUAAAUUACCAAGUACAGAUGCAGUACUAACAAUGCAAAUCCCACAGAAAGAACCUGUUGUCAGCACAGGUGAUCUAAAUCGAGAAACCACAUUGGAUACAAUUGAUAAAAUAUCUCCAAUGAAAACAUCGCCCCCAGAAUCUGAUGUAAGUCAAAUUAAUGAAACAGUAGAAGCUAAAUUGGAACAUGCAGCUAAAACAUCUCCUACUCCGAGUCAAAAGGAUGAUAAAUCUGGACUAUCAUCCAUAGAACCAUCAAGGCCAGAAUCUGUUCAAAGUCAAGCUGAUGAAGCAGAAGAACCCGCAUUAGAACCUGCUGACAAAACUUCUCACAAGAUUGAAAAAUCUGCAUCACCAUCUGAGGAGACAUCACGUCCAGAUUCUGUUGCUAGUAAAACCGAUGAAAAACCAGAUGUAUCACCGCUAGAGAAAGAAUCACGUCGAGAAUCUGUUGCAAGCAAGACCGAUGAAAAGAUAGAUCCAGAAAUUAAAUCUGCUGACAAAACAUCUCCACUAGCAAGUCAGAAGGAUGAAAAAUCUGCACCACCAUCAAAAGAUGCAUCACGGCCACAAUCAGUUGUAAGCCAAGCUGAUGAAACAGAAGAACCCACAUUAGAAUCUGCAUCACCAUCUGAGGAGACAUCACGUCCAGAUUCUGUUGCUAGUAAGACCGAUGCAAAACCAGAUGUAUCACCGCUAGAGAAAGAAUUACGUCGCGAAUCUGAUGCAAGCGAGACCGAUGAAAAGAUAGAACCAGAAAUGAAACCUGCUGACAAAACAUCACCUCCAGCAAGUCACAAGGAUGAAAAAUCUACACCACCAUCAAAAGAAGCAUCACGGCCACAAUCAGUUGUAAGCCAAGCUGAAACAGAAGAACCCACACUAGAAUCUGCUGACAAAAUUUCUCACGAGAUUGAAAAAUCUACAUCACGUCGAGAAUCUGUUGCCAGCAAGACCGAUGCAAAGAUAGAACCAGAAAAAAAAUCUGCUGACAAAACAUCUCCUCCAGCAAGUCAGAAAGAUGAAAAAUCUUCACCACCAUCAAAAGAAGCAUCACGGCCGGAAUCAGUUGUUAUCCAAGCUGAUGAAGCAGAAGACCCCGCAUUAGAAUCUUCUGACAAAACUUCUCACAAGAUUGAAAAAUCUGCAUCACCAUCUGAGAGAACAUCACGUCGAGAAUCUGUUGCCAGCAAGACCAAUGAAGAGAUAGAACCAGAAAAAAAAUCUGCUGACAAAACAUCUCCUCCAGCAAGUCAGAAGGAUGAAAUAUCUUCACCACCAUCAAUAGAAGCAUCACGGCCGGAAUCUGUUGUUAGCCAAGCUAAUGAAGCAGAAGAACCCGCAUUAGUAUCUGCUGACAAAACUUCUCCCAAGAUUAAAAAAUCGGCAUCACCAUCUGAGCAAACAUCAGGUCCAGAUUCUGUUGCUAGUAAGACCGAUGAAAAACCAGAUGUGCCACCGCUAGAGAAAGAAUUACGUGGAGAAUCUGUUGUAAGCAAGACCGAUGAAAAGAUAGAACCAGAAAUAAAAUUAGCUGACAAAACAUCUCCUCCAGCAAGUCAGAAGGAUGAAAAAUCUUCACCACCAUCAAAAGAAGCAUCAAGACCGGAAUCAGUUGUAAGCCAAGAUGAUGUAGCAGAAGAAUCCACAUUAGAAUCUAGUGACAAAACUUCUGACAAGAUUGAAAAAUCUGCAUCACCAUCUGAGGAGACAUCACGUCCAGAUUCUCGUGCUAGUAAGACUGAUGAAAAGCCAGAUCCCGAAAUGAAACCUGCUGACAAAACAUCACCUCCUGCAAGUAAGAAGGAUGAAAAAUCUUUACCACCAUCAAAAGAAGUAUCACGGCCAGAAUCUGUUGCCAGUAAAACCGAUGAAAAAAUGGAACCCGAAAUGAAAUCUGACGGCAAAACAUCACCUGCUUCAAUUCAGAAAGAUGAAAAAUCCACACCACCAUCAAAAGAAGCAUCACGGCCAGAAUCAGUUGUAAGCCAAGUUGAUGAAUCAAAAGAACCCACACUAGAAUCUGCUGACAAAAUUUCUCACAAGAUUGAAAAAUCUGCAUCACCAGCUGAGGAAGCAUCACGUCGAGAAUCUGUUGCCAGUAAGACCGAUGAAAAGCCAGAUCCUGAAAUGAAACCUGCUGACAAAACAUCACCUCCUGCAAGUCAAAAGGAUGAAAAAUCUUUACCACCAUCAAAAAAAGCAUCACGGCCAGAAUCUGUUGCCAGUAAAACCGAUGAAAAAAUAGAACCUGAAAUAAAAUCUGACGGAAAAACAUCACCUGCUUCAAGCCAGAGAGAUGAAGAAUCAACACCACCAUCAAAGGAAGCAUCAAGGCCAGAAUCUGUUGUAAGUCAAACUGAUGGAACAGAAGAACCCACACUAGAAUCUACUGACAAAACUUCUCAAGAGAUUGAAAAAUCUGCAUUACCAUCUGAGGAAAAAGCACGCCCAGCAUUUGCUGCCAGUAAGACCAAUGAAAAACCAGAUCACGAAAUGAAACCUGCUGACAAAACAUCACCUCCUGCAAGUCAGAAGGAUGCAAAAUCAACACCAUCAUCCACAGAAGCAUCACGCCCAGAAUCUGUUGCCAGCAGAACCGAUGAAAAAGUAGAACCCGAAAUGAAAUCUGACGGCAAAACAUCACCUGCUUCAAGUCAGAAAGAUGACAAAUCCACACCACCAUCAAAAGAAGCAUCACGACCGGAAUCAGUUGUAAGCCAAGCUGAUGAAUCAAAAGAACCCACACUAGAAUCUGCUGACGAAAUUUCUCCCAAAAUUGAAAAAUCUGCAUCGCCAUCUGAUGAAACAUCAAGUCGAGAAUCUGUAGCCAGCAGAACUGAUGAUAAAGUAGAACCCGAAAUGAUAUCUGACGGCAAAACAUCACCUGCUUCAAGUCAGAAGGAUGAAAAAUCCACACCACCAUCAAAAGAAGCACCACGACCGGAAUCAGUUGUAAGCCAAGCUUAUGAAACAGAAGCACCCACACUAGAAUCUGCUGACAAAACUUCUCACAAGAUUGAAAAAUCUGCAUCACCAUCUGAGGAGACAUCACGUCCAGAUUCUGUUGCUAGUAAGACCGAUGAAAAACCAGAUGUAUCACCGCUAGAGAAAGAAUUACGUCGAGAAUCUGUUGCAAGCAAGACCGAUGAAAAGAAAGAACCAGAAAAAAAAUCUGCUGACAAAACAUCUCCACUUGCAAGUCCGAAGGAUGAAAAAUCUACAUCACCAUCAAGAGAAGCAUCACGGCCAGAAUCAGUGGCAAGCCAAGCUGAUGAAUCAAAAGAACACACACUAGAAUCUGCUGACAAAAUUUCUCAAAAGAUUGAAAAAUCUGCAUCGCCAUCUGAGGAAGCAUCACGGCGAGAAUCUGUUGCUAGCAAGACCGAUGAAAAAGUAGAACCUGAAAUGAAAUCUGACGACAAAACAUCAUCUGCUUCAAUUCGGAAAGAUGAAAAAUCCACACCACCAUCAAAAGAAGCAUCACGGCCAGAAUCAGUUGCAAGCCAAGCUGAUGAAUCAAAAGAACACACACUAGAAUCUGCUGACAAAAUUUCUCAAAAGAUUGAAAAAUCUGCAUCACCAGCUGAGGAAGCAUCACGUCGAGAAUCUGUUGCCAGUAAGACCGAUGAAAAGCCAGAUCCCGAAAUGAAACCUGCUGACAAAACAUCACCUCCUGCAAGUCAAAAGGAUGAAAAAUCUUUACCACCAUCAAAAGAAGCAUCACGGCCAGAAUCAGUUGCAAGCCAAGCUGAUGAAUCAAAAGAACACACACUAGAAUCUGCUGACAAAAUUUCUCAAAAGAUUGAAAAAUCUGCAUCGCCAUCUGAGGAAGCAUCACGGCGAGAAUCUGUUGCUAGCAAGACUGAUGAAAAAGUAGAACCUGAAAUAAAACCUGCUGACAAAACAUCACCUCCUGCAAGUCAGAAGGAUGCAAAAUCAACACCAUCAUCCACAGAAGCAUCACGCCCAGAAUCUGUUGCCAGCAGAACCGAUGAAAAAGUAGAACCCGAAAUGAAAUCUGACGGCAAAACAUCACCUGCUUCAAGUCAGAAAGAUGACAAAUCCACACCACCAUCAAAAGAAGCAUCACGACCGGAAUCAGUUGUAAGCCAAGCUGAUGAAUCAAAAGAACCCACACUAGAAUCUGCAGACGAAAUUUCUCCCAAAAUUAAAAAAUCUGCAUCACCAUCUGAGGAAACAUCACGUCGAGAAUCUGUCGCCAGCAGAACUGAUGACAAAGUAGAACCCGAAAUAAAAUCUGACGGCAAAACAUUCCCUGCUUCAAGUCAGAAGGAUGAAAAAUCCACACCACCAUCAAAAGAAGCAUCACGACCGGAAUCAGUUGUAAGCCAAGCUUAUGAAAUAGAAUCUGCUGACAAAACUUCUCACAAGAUUGAAAAAUCUGCAUCACCAUCUGAGGAAACAUCAGGUCUAGAUUCUGUUGCUAGUAAGACCGAUGAAAAACCAGAUGUAUCACCGCUAGAGAAAGAAUCACGUCGAGAAUCUGUUGCAAGCAAGACCGAUGAAAAGAUAGAACCAGAAAUAAAAUCUGCUGACAAAACAUCUCCACUUGCAAGUCCGAAGGAUGAAAAAUCUACACCACCAUCAAGAGAAGCAUCACGGCCAGAAUCUGUUGUAAGCCAAGCUGAGGUAAAAGAAGCACAGACCAAAAAAACUGAAAAAUCUGAGGAAGCAUCACGUCCAGAAUCUGUUGCCAGUAAAACUGAUGAAGAAGAAGAAAACAAAAUGAAAUCUGCUGACAAAACAUCAACUCCUGGAAGUGAGAAGGGUGAAAAAUACUUACCACAAUCACAAGAAGCAUCACGGCAAGAAUCUGUUGUAAGCCAAGCUGAGGACAAAGAAGCAACAAGCCAAAUUAUAAAAUCUGCAUCACGACCUGAGGAAAUAUCACGUCCACAAUCUGUUGCUAGUGAGACUGCAGAAAAAUUAGAACCUGAAAUUGAAUCUGCUGACAUAACAUCAACUCCUGCAAGUGAGAAGGGUGAAAAGUCUACACCACGAUCAAAAGAAACAUCACGUCCAGAAUCUGUUGCCAGUAAAACUGAUGAAGAAGUAGAACCCGAAAUGAAAUCUGCUGACACAACAUCAACUCCUGCAAGUGAGAAGGAUGAAAAGUCUACACCAACAUCAAAAGAAACAUCACGUCCAGAAUCUGUUGCCAGUAAAACUGAUGAAAAUUUAGAACCUGAGAAGAAAUCUACUGACUUAACAUCAACUCUUUCAACUGAGAAGGAUCAAAAGUCUACACCACGAUCGAAAGUAACAUCACGUCCAGAAUCUGUGUCCAGUAAGACUGAUAAAAAAGAAGAAUCUGAAAUGAAAUCUUCUGACAUAACAUCAACUCCUGUAAGUGAAAAGGAUGAAAAGUCUCCACCACCAUCAAAAGAAGCAUCCCGGCCAGAAUCUGCUGUAAGCCAAGCUGAGGACGCAGAAAUGCCAAGCCAAAAAGUUGUAAAAUCUGCAUCACAACCUGAGGAACCAUCACGUCCACAAUCUGUUGCUAGUAAGACUGAUGAAAAAGUAGAAUCUGAAAUGAAAACUGCUGACAUAACUUCAACUCCUGCAAGUGAGAAGGGUGAAAUGUGUACACCACCAUCAAGCCAAGCUGAGGACACCGAAGCAACAAGCCAAAAAAUUGAAAAAUCUGCAUCACAACCUGAGGAGUCAUCACGUCCACAAUCUGUUGCUAAUAAGACUGAUGAAAAAGUAGAAUCUGAAAUGAAAACUGCUGACAUAACUUCAACUCCUGCAAGUGAGAAGGGUGAAAUGUCUACACCACCAUCAAGCCAAGCUGAGGACACCGAAGCAACAAGCCAAAAAAUUGAAAAAUCUGCAUCACAACCUGAGGAGUCAUCACGUCCACAAUCUGUUGCUAGUAAGACUGAUGAAAAAGUAGAAUCUGAAAUGAAAACUGCUGACAUAACUUCAACUCCUGCAAGUGAGAAGGGUGAAAUGUCUACACCACCAUCAAGCCAAGCUGAGGACACCGAAGCAACAAGCCAAAAAAUUGAAAAAUCUGCAUCACAACCUGAGGAGUCAUCACGUCCACAAUCUGUUGCUAGUAAGACUGAUGAAAAAGUAGAACCUGAAAUGAAAACUGCUGACAUAACUUCAACUCCUGCAAGUGAGAAGGGUGAAAAGUCUACACCACCAUCAAAAGAACCAUCACGUCCUGAAUCUGUUGCCAGUAAAAUUGAUGAAGAAGUAGAACCUGCAAUUAAAUCUGCUGACACAACAUUUACUCCUGCAAUUGAGAAGGAUGAAAAGUCUACACCACCAUCAAAAGAAACAUCACGUCCAGAAUCUGUGUCCAGUAAGACUGAUGAAAAGGUAGCACCUGAAAUGAAAUCUACUGACAUAGCACCAACUCCUGCAAGUGAGAAGAGUGAAAAGUCUACACCACCAUCAAAAGAAGCUUCAAGGCCAGAAUCUGUUGUAAGCCAGGCUGAGGACACAGAAGCACCGAGUCAAAAAAUUGAAAAAUCGGCAUCAGAACCUGAGGAACCAUCACGCCCAGAAUCUGUUGCUAGUAAGACUGCAGAAAAAGUAGAACCUGAAAUUGAAUCAGCUGACAUAACAUCAACUCCUGCAAGUGAGAAGGGUGAAAAGUCUCCACCGCCAUCUAGAGAAGCAUCACGUCCAGAAUCUGUUGCAAGUAAAACUGAUGAAGAAGUAAAACCGGAAAUGAAAUCUGCUGACAUAACAUUUACUCCUGCAAUUGAGAAGGAUGAAAAGUCUACAGCACCAUCAAAAGAAACAUCACGUCCAGAAUCUGUGGCCAGUAAGACUGAUGAAAUAGUAGAACCUGAAAUAAAAUCUGCUGACAUAACUUCAACUCCUGCAAGUGAGAAGGAUGAAAAGUCAUCACCACCAUCAAAAGAAGCAUCAAGGCCAGAAUCAGUUGUAAGCCAUUCUGAGGACACAGAAGCACAGAGUCAAAAAAUUGAAAAAUCGGCAUCAGAACCUAAGGAACCUUCACGCCUAGGAUCUGUUUCAAGUAAAACUGAUGAAGAAGUAGAACCCGAAAUGAAAUCUGCUGACAUCACAUCAACUCCUGCAACUGAGAAGGAUGAAAAGUCUACACCACCAUCAAAAGAAGCAUCACGUCCUGAAUCUGUUGCCAGUAAAACUGAUGAAGAAGUAGAACCGGAAAUAAAAUCUGCUGACACAACAUCAACUCCUGCAAGUGAGAAGGGUGAAAAGUCUCCACCGCCAUCUAGAGAAGCAUCACGUACAGAAUCUGUUGCUAGUAAAACUGAUGAAGAAGUAAAACCUGAAAUGAAAUCUGCUGACAUAACAUCAACUCCUGCAACUGAGAAGGAUGAAAAGUCUACAACACCAUCAAAAGAAACAUCACGUCCAGAAUCUGUUGUUAGCCUGGCUGAGGACACAGAAGCACCGAGUCAAAAAAUUGAAAAAUCUGCAUCAGAACCUGAGGAACCAUCACGCCCAGAAUCUGUGGCUAGUAAGACUGAUGAAAUAGUAGAACCUGAAAUGAAAUCUUCUGACAUAACUGCAAUUCCUGCAUGUGAGAAGGGUGAAAAGUCUCCACGGCCAUCUAGAGAAGCAUCACGUCCAAAAUCUGUUGCAAGUAAAACUGAUGAAGAAGUAAAACCGGAAAUGAAAUCUGCUGACAUAACAUCAACUCCUGCAACUGAGAAGGAUGAAAAGUCUACAGCACCAUCAAAAGAAACAUCACGUCCAGAAUCUGUGGCCAGUAAGACUGAUGAAAUAGUAGAACCUGAAAUAAAAUCUGUUGACAUAACUUCAACUCCUGCAAGUGAGAAGGAUGAAAAGUCUUCACCACCAUCAAAAGAAGCAUCAAGGCCAGAAUCAGUUGUAAGCCAAGCAGAGGACACAGAAGCACAGAAUCAAAAAAUUGAAAAAUCGGCAUCAGAACCUGAGGAACCAUCACGCCCAGAAUCUGUUGCUAGUAAGACUGCAGAAAAAGUAGAACCUGAAAUUGAAUCUGCUGACAUAACAUCAACUCCUGCAAGUGAGAAGGGUGAAAAGUCUCCACCGCCAUCUAGAGAAGCAUCACGUCCAGAAUCUGUUGCAAGUAAAACUGAUGAAGAAGUAAAACCGGAAAUGAAAUCUGCUGACAUAACAUCAACUCCUGCAACUGAGAAGGAUGAAAAGUCUACACCACCAUCAAAAGAAACAUCACGUCCAGAAUCUCUUGCCAGUAAGACUGAUGAAAAAGUAGAACCUGAAAUAAAAUCUGCUGACAUAACUUCAAAUCCUGCAAGUGAGAAGGGUGAAAAGUCUACACCACCAUCUAGAGAAGCAUCACGUCCUGAAUCUGUUGCCAGUAAAACUGAUGAAGAAGAAGAACCCGAAAUGAAAUCUGCUGACACAACAUCAACUCCUGCAACUGAGAAGGGUGAAAAGUCUACACCACCAUCAAAAGAAACAUCACGUCCAGAAUCUGUUGAAAGUAAGACUGAUGAAAAAGUAGAACCCGAAAUAAAAUCUGCUGACAUAACUUCAACUCCUGCAAGUGAGAAGGGUGAAAAGUCUACACCACCAUCUAAAGAAGCAUCACGUCCUGAAUCUGUUUCUAGUAAAACUGAUGAAGAAGUAGAACCCGAAAUGAAGUCUGCUGACACAACAUCAACUCCUGCAACUGAGAAGGAUGAAAAGUCUACACCACCAUCAAAAGAAGCAUCACGUCCUGAAUCUGUUGCCAGUAAAACUGAUGAAGAAGUAGAACCCGAAAUGAAAUCUGCUGACACAACAUCAACUCCUGCAACUGAGAAGGAUGAAAAGUCUACACCACCAUCAAAAGAAGCAUCACAUCCAGAAUCUGUGUCCAGUAAGACUGAUGAAAAAGUAGAACCUGAAAUGAAAUCUGCUGACAUAACUUCAACUCCUGCAAGUGAGAAGGGUGAAAAGUCUACACCACCAUCAAAAGAAGCAUCAAUUCCAGAAUCAGUUGUAAGCCAGGCUGAGGACACAGAAGCACAGAGUCAAAAAAUUGAAAAAUCGGCAUCAGAACCUGAGAAAUCAUCACGCCCAGAAUCUGUUGCUAGUAAGACUGCAGAAAAAGUAGAACCUGAAAUUGAAUCAGCUGACAUAACAUCAACUCCUGCAAGUGAGGAAGGUGAAAAGUCUACACCACCAUCAAAAGAAGCAUCACGUCCAGAAUCUGUUGCAAGUAAAACUGAUGAAGAAGUAAAACCGGAAAUGAAAUCUUCUGACAUACCAUCAACUCCUGCAACUGAGAAGGAUGAAAAGUCUACACCACCAUCAAAAGAAUCAUCACGUCCAGAAUCUGUGGCCAGUAAGACUGGUGAAAAAGUAGAGCCUGAAAUGAAAUCUACUGACAUAGCAACAACUCCUGCGAAAAAGAAGAGUGAAAAGUCUACACCACCAUCAAAAGAACCUGAGGAACCAUCACGCCCAGAAUACGUUGCUAGUAAGACUGCAGAAAAAGUAGAACCUGAAAUGGAAUCUGCUGACAUAACAUCAACUCCUGUAAGUGAGAAGGGUGAAAAGUCUACACCACCGUCAAAAGAAGCAUCACGUCCAGAAUCUGUUUCAAGUAAAACUGAUGAAGAAGUAGAACCGGAAAUGAAAUCUGCUGACAUAACAUCAACUCCUGCAACUGAGAAGGAUGAAAAGUCUACACCACCAUCAAAAGAAACAUCACGUCCAGAAUCUGUGGCCAGUAAGACUGAUGAAAAAGUAAAAUCUGAAAUGAAAUCUACUGACAUAGCAUCAACUCCUGCAAGUGAGAAAGGUGAAAAGUCUACACCACCAUCAAAAGAAGCAUCCCGGCCAGAAUCUGUUGUUAGCCUGGCUGAGGACACAGAAGCACCGAGUCAAAAAAUUGAAAAAUCUGCAUCAGAACCUGAGGAACCAUCACGCCCAGAAUCUGUUGCUAGUAAGACUGCUGAAAAAGGAGAAGUUGAAAUGAUAUCUGCUGACAUAGCAUCAACUCCUACAAAUGAGAAGGAAGAAAAAUCUAAACUUCCAUCAGAAGAAGCAUCCAGGCCAGAAUCUGUUGUAAGUCAAGCUGAAGACACAGAACCACAGAGUCAAAAAAUUGAAAAAUGCGCAUCAGAACCUGAGGAACCAUCACGACCAGAAUCUGUAGCUAGCAAGACUGCUGCAAAAGGAGAAAUUGAAAUGAUAUCUGCUGACAUAGCAUCAACUCCUGCAAGUGAGAAUAAUGAACAAUCUAAACCACUAUCAGAAAAAGCCUCCCGGUCAGAAUCUGUUGUAAGUCAACCUGAAGACACAGAAGCACCGAGUCAAAAAAUUGAAAAAUCUGCAUCACAACCUGAGGAAGCAUCACGUCCAGAAUCUGUUGCCAGUAAAACCGAUGAAGAAGAAGAAACUAAAAUAAAAUCUGCUGACAAAACAUCAACUCCUGCAAGUGAGAAGGAUGAAAAAUCCUUACCACCAUCACAAGAAGCAUCACGGCCAGAAUCUGUUGUAAGCCAAGCUGAGGACAAAGAAGACACAAGCCAAAAAAUUAUAAAAUCUGCAUCACAGCCUGAGGAACCAUCACGUCCAGAAUCUGUUGCCAGUAAAACUGAUGAAGAAGUAGAAACUAAAAUAAAAUCUGCUGACAAAACAUCAACUCCUGCAAGGGAGAAGGAUGAAAAAUCUACACCACCAUCAAGAGAAGCAUCACGGCCAGAAUCUGUUGUAGGUCAACCAGAGGAAACAGAAGCACCAGGUGAAAAAAUUGAAAAAUCUGCAUCACAGCUUGCGAAAGCAUCAUGUCCAGAAUCUGUUGUUAGCCAAGCUGAUGCAACAGACGAACCCCCACUAGAAUCUGCUGAAAAAGCGUCUAACAAUAUUGAAAAAUCUGUAUCACCAUCAGAGGAAGCAGACCCGGACUCUGUUGCCAGUAAAACUGAUGAAAAAGUAAAACUCGAAAUAAAGUCUACUGACGAAACAUCUCCGCAAAGUCAUCAAGAAGAAAAGUCUUUGUCACCAUCAAAAGAAGAAUCGCGGCCAGAAUCUGUUGCCAGUAGGACCGAGGAAAAAGUAGAAGUCGAAAUCAAAUCAUCUGGCAAGACAUCACCUCCUGCAAGUCAGAGUGAUGAAAAAUCUUUACCACUAUCAAAAGAGUCAUCACGGCCAGAAUCUGUUGUAAGUCAAGCUGAGGAAGCAGAAACAUCAAGUGAACAAAUUGAAAAAUCUGCAUCACAACCUGAGGAAGCACCAGUUCCAGAAUAUGUUGCCAUUAAGACGGAUGAUAAAUUAGAACUCGAAUUGAAAUCUGCUGACAAAACAUCAACUCCAAGUCAGAAGGAAGAAAAAUCUACAGCACCAUCAACAGACGCAUCACGACCGGAAUCUGUUGUUAGCCAAGCUGAUGCAACUGAAGAUCCCACACUAGAAUCCGCUGGCAAAACGUCUCAAAAGAUUGAUAAAUCUCCAUCACCAUCUGAGGAAGCAUCACGGCGAGAAUCUGUUGCCAGCAAGACCGAUGAAAAAGUAGAACCUGAAAUGAAAUCUGACGGCAAAACAUCACCUGCUUCAAGUCAGAAAGAUGAAAAAUCCACAUCACCAUCAAAAGAAGCAUCACGGCCAGAAUCUGUUGUUAGCCAAGCUGAUGCAACAGACGAACCCCCACUAGAAUCUGCUGAAAAAGCGUCUAACAAUAUUGAAAAAUCUGUAUCACCAUCAGAGGAAGCAGACCCGGACUCUGUUGCCAGUAAAACUGAUGAAAAAGUAAAACUCGAAAUAAAGUCUACUGACGAAACAUCUCCUCAAAGUCAUCAAGAAGAAAAGUCUUUGUCACCAUCAAAAGAAGAAUCGCGGCCAGAAUCUGUUGCCAGUAGGACUAAGGAAAAAGUAGAAGUCGAAAUCAAAUCAUCUGGCAAGACAUCACCUCCUGCAAGUCAGAAGGAUGAAAAAUCUUUACCACUAUCAAAAGAAUCAUCACUGCCAGAAUCUGUUGUAAGUCAAGCUGAGGAAACAGAAACACCAAGUGAAAAAUUUGAAAAAUCUGCAUCACAACCUGAGGAAGCACCAGUUCCAGAAUCUGUUCCCAUUAAGACGGAUGAUAAAUUAGAACUCCAAUUGAAAUCUGCUGACAAAACAUCAACUCCAAGUCAGAAGGAUGAAAAAUCUACAGCACCAUCAACAGACGCAUCACGACCAGAAUCUGUUGUUAGCCAAGCUGAUGCAACUGAAGAUCCCACACUAGAAUCCGCUGGCAAAACGUCUCAAAAGAUUGAUAAAUCUCCAUCACCAUCUGAGGAAGCAUCACAUCGAGAAUCUGUUGCCAGCAAGACCGAUGAAAAAGUAGAACCUGAAAUGAAAUCUGACGGCCAAACAUCACCUGCUUCAAGUCAGAAAGAUGAAAAAUCCACACCACCAUCAAAGGAAGCAUCACGACCGGAAUCUGUUGUAAGCCAAGCUGAUGAAUCAAAAGAACCCACACUAACAUCUGCUGACGAAAUUUCUCACAAGAUUAAAAAAUCUGCAUCGCCAUCUGAGGAAGCAUCACGUCGAGAAUCUAUCGCUAGUAGAACUGAUGACAAAGUAGAACCCGAAAUGAAAUCUGACGGCAAAACAUCACCUGCUUCAAGUCAGAAAGAUGAAAAAUCUACACCACCAUCAAAAGAAGCAUCACGGCCACAAUCAGUUGUAAGCCAAGCUGAUGAAUCAAAAGAACCCACGCUAGAAUAUGCUGACGAAAUUUCUCACAAGAUUGAAAAAUCUGCAUCACCAGCUGAGGAAGAAUCACGUCCAGAAUCUGUUGCCAGUAAGACCGAUGAAAAAGUUGAAACCGAAACGAAAUCUGCUGACAAAACAUCACCUCACGCAAGUGUUAAGGAUGAACAAUUUGCACCACCAUCAAAAGAAACAUUGCGGCCAGAAUCUGUUGUUAGCCAAACCGAUGAGACAAUAUUGCUGACUGAAUCUGUUUCCAGUAAAACGGAGGAAACUGUUGAACUCGUUAUGGAAUCUGUCUACAAAACAGAUGGAAAAUCUGCACUACCGUCUAAAUUGGAAGAGUUUUCAACCGCAUCUUCACCCAUUGAUAAAGCUUUACCAACUGAAUUCCAUGUUCUCUCAAAAACAGACAAAGAAAGUUUUGAACUUCACCUUCAACAACAAAUUAAACCAGAAAUCUCGUCGCUGGAUACGACAUCUAGUCCAGUUGAUUUUGCUCAGCAAUUCAAUGGAACUACAAAACUUGAGAAAAGUAUGAGUUCGAGUAUUUCAGUAUUUGGAGAAAAAGCGGAGGUAUCACUCGAAACUGUUUCGUCUCCAAUCGAUGUUGUUAUAACAUCAUUGGAAUCCGAUAAGCAAUUUGCAUCAGGCGAAAUUUUAGAAGAGGUUGUUGAAAGUCUAAAGUCUGACAUUCAACAAGCCGUAAAAAUUUCUUCAUCAAUUUGUGACGACCUUAAGCAAAUGGCUGUAACAGUAGAGACUAUUGCUGAAGAUUCUGCUACCACUGUACAAAAAGACACUGCGCCAAGUGAUGAGAUGGAUGCACAAAUUACAGAAAAGAUUGAAAAAGAAACUGUAUCAGAAACCAUAGAAGCUAUGAAAGUGUCUUAUGAAGUCAAAAGUUUCCAUACGGAAUUACGAGAAACUCAUAUAACUACUGUGGAUUCUCCUGCUCUAGAUGAAAUAAUAUUGCAUGACAUCAAAGAAGAAGAUGAAGAACAUCGAUCUUCACCACCUAGAGAAUCUAGAGAAACAGUAUCUGUUAAGACACCAACUGCACCUUCUGUGCAGGCAAAACGACCAAUUUCACCAAGGGAAGAAGAAGUAGCCAAAAUUGUCCUCAAUGUGGCUGAAGUCUUAAAGUCAGAGAAAUCUAUUACAGAAAUCAUACCAGAUUUCAACGAGAAGGAACUGGAGGAAAAACUUUUGAAAACUAAAGAGGAAGAUGCUGCCACAGUUCAAAGAAUGCUCGUCACAGCAAGUAGUGAGGAUGGAGGUGAACAAAUGGAAAUAUGUCCUACGGGAUCGAUUGUAUUCACUCCUAGUAUAACGUCUGAAAUUUUUUCUGAAAAAAUGUCUCCUGAGGAAUCGAAGAACCUAGAAACUGACGUGAAAACUGAUGAACAAAUUGUAAAAUCCGAUUCUGAAAAAUCAUCUCCUGACGUUAAAUCUGGCCCUAUUUCACUCGAAGAAAAGGACAAAAUUGAAAUUUCUGAAAAGGUACAAAUGGGCAAAAUAAUACAAGCACCUCUGGAUCGAAAAGAAUCAACAAGUAGUUUUAGUGAAUACCAAUCUGAAUUGAGAAGAGAAUCAGCAUUCAGUAACUUAAGUGAAAAGGAUUUGACGAGGGAUGAGAGUACAUAUGAUGAAAGACCUGAUUCGGCUGCCAGUCAUGAAUUUGAUAAAUAUUCACCUGAACAGGUUGAUGAAAUUGAACAAACUCCAGAAAAAACUUUAAAAUACCAGAAAUAUUCUAGUAUUCCAACAGCAAUUACUGAUACUCAAAAGACCGUAGAAGCGGAAAGAAAAAUGGUAUCACUGGAUAAUCAGUCUGAGUCAUCAAUAUCUGAUACAUACAAGACAAUUGUAACAUCUACAAAAACCAUAUCCGCUUCUUCAAAAAGCACUUCAGUUGAAGAAGCUAAAGAACACGUUAUAUCAUCUUCAGUAAUAACAAGUAUAAAUAAAAGUGGAGGUGAUGACCAAAUUGAUGAAGAUUCACCUGAAAAAGUUACCAUGAAAACCAAAACCAUCACAAUAAGUGACAAGGCUGGAGAAGAAUUGACAGAAUCAAUUCAAAAACAAAAAUCAAAACUAAUCAAAACAGGUUUUAGUAGUGAACAACAACAACGGGAAAUUUCAUCGGCCGAACAUAGCAGUCUUUUUUCAAAAGAAGAAUCCACUUCCAGGUCUAAGGCUGAAGACGUACUAUUAAAAACUAUCAUUUCAGAGAGUGUGACAAUUAAUGAAGAUUCAUCAUAUAUAUCAGAAGCAUCAGAAUCGAAAUCUCGCACUGAGGAAAUAUUCACAGCAAAACAAUUAUCCGCUACUAAGUCUGAAGAACAAGACAAGACUUCAACUGCUUCCCAUCAGUCCUCGACCACCCAAAUUGACUCCACAGUUAGCGGAACUCUUUCAAAGGGAAAAGCAACAUCAGCUAAGGAAUCUAUAAUGGUAAAAAGUGAGCAAAGUUCAGGACCUCAAAUUACGCUUGUUACAUCAGAUUCCCAAGAAUCUUCAGCAAAUGUUCACAAAUUAGACUCAUCUUCCAAGUCGGAAGUUAGUGCAAAUCAGGCAUCAAAUCUGUCAAAUUUAAGCACAAUCAGUGUCACCACUCAAAAAAUUGAUUUAUUAGAUACUGAAGAAAUGAUUAACGAAAAACAUUCAACCAUAGAAAAUGUGUCAGAUAUAACUGUGCACUCAAAGGAAAUUUCACGCAGAGAAUCAACUUUAAGUCACAGUAGUGAGGGCCGGCAAACCUGUUCUUUGAGUGAUCAAGAAAAUGAAGAAAACGAUGAUGAUGACAUUUUAAAUAUAAAAGAAGCACGUUCAAAAUCUAUUGCAACAAUUAUGAUGACAAGUAUUUAUAAGCCUUCGGAAGAAAGUCAAGAAUUUGAUACAUUAGAAGAAGAAGAAUCAUUUGAAGAAAUAAGUCAAGAAUUGUCUCAUCUUUCUAAAACGAAAAUAAAAAGCUACCAAACUGCUCAGAGUAAAAUAGGUAAAGAAUCAUCUUUAAGUGAAUUAAAGCAUAUAGACACAACAACAUUCAGUACUACUCUAAAAGAAGAUGCAUCUCCAGAAGAUACACUGGAUAGGAAAACACCACCAACUGCACCCGUUAGUCCAGGUAUUAAAUCAACAGUCACUUCAGAACAAAAAGAUACUGUUCACCUGAGUAGCCUGACUACAGUACAAUAUAGUGACAAAAGCGGUGUAUCUAUACCAUCCUCUCCAAAAGAUGUUUCUGGAAAAUCAAGUCCAGGUGCCUUAACAUCAGAAAGUCAUUCUAUUCCCACUCCAGCAGGUGAGGAUUCACUCACAGAAACUCCCGAAUCUUCACCAAAACCAACAUCUCCAUUUCCCAGAGUAGCCAAUGAAGAUAUUCAUACACCCGCCAACUUUGGUGUAGUUGAAGUGGCAAAAACUUCUGCUCCUGACUUGUCUGAACUAGAAUCCUUAGAAAAAUUAUCACAGAGUGCAAGCACGGAAAAAGUCAUAACAACAACAAUCACAACCGUUACCAAAGUAAUUUCCAGUGAUGGAAAAGAAAUUGUAACAGAAGAAAAGACUAUUACCACAACUGACACCAGUGAACCAGCUAGUGAGAAAGUUACAGUCACAACAACAAGAACAACCAGCGAGAGUGACAAAGUACCAUUGCAACCAAAAGAACUAGCAAUGUUAAGAUCAGAGUUUCGCAGCUCAACCCCUGGAAGCGAAGAUGAACGACCUUAUAGUGACGACGAAAUUCCACCCUCACCUAGAAGUGUUGCAUCUUCUCAAGCACACAGCUAUGAACUACAAAGAUCAAGCUCAGGUAUAAGUAAAAAAUCUGAUCUAGACAUCGAUGAAAGCCAGGAUGACAUUCCGCCACAAUACGGUAGUGAAGAACACUCAUCCGCUCUCUCAAUAACAAUGGCACACAAAAUUGUAGAUCCAAUGAGCACAUCAUUCUACGGAGCCCUUCCAGACUCAUUUGGACCACUUACAGCAAGCACAGUAGCAACUGAUAAAUCAGAUCCUAUUCCAAUCAUAACACCAAGAACUAUUGCAAGCAGAACCUUCACAGACUCUCCAGCUAGUCAAUCUUCGGGAAGCGAAGGUGCCAGCCAAACUUGGUUAUCCCGCCAAAGUGGUGACCACAAAUUCCUAGACGAAGCUGACUUAGAUUUUGAAAAAGCGCUAGAAGCACACCGACAAGUUCGUGGAACUGAAGUUAUGUCUACUGUCACAGCCAAAUACUCAUACUCGCCAUCGAAGUCUACAAUCGAAGAGACUAUUACCAAACCCAAAUUUCCACUAGGUGAUAUUCAAAAACCAAAAGGUGCCGAGGGAGCAUCUUCUCACUCAACAGAUGAAGAGAAAAAAGACCAAACAGCAACUGAGUCCAAAGACCCUUUGAAAGAAUGGGGUAAGCCUUUGGGCCUGCCAUCACCUGCACCUAUCCCAACUGAAAAUGAUGUUCGAACCACACCAAAGAAAGAACGUCGCAUGGUGGCUGCAAAAACAAAGCUCAACAAUGAGAAAAAUCUGAGAAAGCGUGCAGAAUCACCAAGUAAAAGCAGAAAAUCCAGCCCAGUUUAUGUGGACUUGACAUACGUUCCACACAAUGGAAAUUCAUAUUAUUCUCAUGUAGAAUUCUUUAAACGUGUGCGUGCUCGUUAUUAUGUAUUUUCUGGAACUGAACCUAGCCGAGAGGUUUAUAAUGCACUACUCGAGGCUAAGCAAACAUGGGAAGAUAAAGAUUUAGAGGUAACUAUCAUCCCAACUUAUGACACUGACGUUCUUGGCUACUGGGUAGCUGAAAACGAAGAACUCUUAGCCAAGUAUCACAUUGACCUUUCGCCAUCUGCAUCAAGAUGCACUAUUAACCUUCAAGAUCACGAAACAUCAUGCUCUGCAUACCGUCUGGAAUUCUAGGCCACGGGGAUGUUCAUAGCAUUUUCCCCAAGGAUCGACUCACAAGAAUUUACCAAUUAAUUGCUUUAGUUGUUACCAUACAUUAUUGUACUUAUCUAAAAAAAAACAAAAAAAACACAAAACAAAACUAAACACCUAUGUAUGUAAAGCAAAAACAACCAGUGAAUAUAUCUAAAGCAAUGCAAAAAUCGACUCAAUAUUUAGAAAGGAAGCAGCUGUACUUUUUGCGAUGAUGCUGAAUCUGACACGAGAUUUACAAUGCACAUGUAAUGACGGUCUUUGGUGUGUUAACUUUUUUUUUCAACACUGCUGUCGUUACUGCCCUCUAUCGCAAUAAGGAACACAAAGUCACAAGUAAAUGAUAGAAGCAAAAAAAAAAAAAAACAAUAAACAAACUAUGGAUACUAGCUUUGCGAUAAAAUAUGAGAUUAUUUUACGAAAAUCAAACGAACGUUACCUUAUUUUUUAGUCCCAGAUACAUAAAUAUAUUUUACUUACAUAGAGUAAUAUUAAAAUUAGUUAUGUUGGCUCUCAGCAAAUUUUAUAAAGUCUAAAAGAAAACAUACCAAAUUUUAAUCAAUGUGCCUCUGUGAAGCAAAGCAAUUAAAGUCCCAAGGAGCUUAAAUUAAGUUAUACAUAUUUUAAUCUUUAUAUUUUACUGCGUAGCAUAACUUUAAAUAAAAUUAAGUGGAAUAAAAAAAAAUUUACUAGCAAUGUUUAUUAACUUGUCAUUUUAUUUUAUUACUCUGGUUUUUUUUUUGCCAUGGAAGGUUAUACCUACCUAUCAUGUUAAAAUUAUUCGCCAAGGGACAUUUACUUAUAAAGUACAAUUCAUUUAACAUCUAUGUUAAAAUGUUUGAAUUCACUACUAAUUGUUUUCCAAAUCUGAAGUUAGAUAUUAUACAAACUAAUUGUGGUACAUUGUACAUAGGUAUAACAUUAUCAUAUAAAUACGGCAAAUUUGUCAAGAAAUUUGCUCCAAUCAUCAUAAGGAUGUGUUGUGGUACUAAAUAAUUGUUUGCAACAAAUGUGUUUUGAUUGUAACAUGCAAGUUAGUGCUAUAUUAAGUAUAUCCACAUUUUACUACAUUUAUGACUCAAAAUCAUGCUGGCAUGCAUAUUGUGCUAUAUUUAAAUUUGUCUAUCAAUGUAUUUCUCUUUUUUUCUAAUUGCCGUAAUUAUAUGAUAAUGUAAUACCGUCUUAAAUAAAGAAUCCAAAUAGGAUCUAAAUAGUUUUAUUUUCAUGGGAAGGUAUUAAUAAUGUAGAUCCUUGGCCUGGCCAUACCAACACAUAGCUAGUAAAGUUUUGUGAAUUCAUAAUGCACACAUUAAAAAAAAUUUUUGACAAAUCUAAUUAAAAAUAUAUUACUGAAUAUAUAAAACGUACAAUAAAACAAAAAUUUUGUCAAUGUAUCUCUGGAAUAAAACAAAAUGAUAAUUAAAAAUAUAUGUAUUACAUUGUUACAUGCAUAUAGAUAACUUUAACUCAUCGUAGUUUACAUACAUGUUGUGUAAUGUUAAGGAAAGUCAAAUCUAUAUACCUACAUAAAUAUGUAUAAAAAAAAAUAAAAUUAAAUCAAAAAAAUAAAAAAAAGAACUUUUAACUUGUUACUAAAAAAACAAAGCACACAGAAGUCAUAAAAUUUUAAUAUUUCUGUGUAAUUUUGAUGUUAGAAAUGAAUUUACUCGCCUCAUUGCUUGAAAAGUUAGAAAAAAGUUAAAGAAGUACUGAUAUAUGGAUAUUGGAAAGGCAGCGGAUCUGCAAUGGCCACUAAAAAAUGUUUAUUAACGAAUUUGCUUAGAGUGUGUUAAGCAUAUUUUAUUGUUUUGCGCAAUCUAUGUAUGUAUGUACGUAGGUAUCUAUAUUUUUAAAUAAAAUUUAAGAGAAAACAUUAAAACAAAAGUCCGCCAUUAUAUAUGUAUUUACAAAAACAACAAACAUAACAAUAGAAACUAAGAAAAAAUAGAUAAAUUAAGAAAAACAUUAAAUUCCUUUUUAAAAAACAAAAAGCUGGAUAAAAAAUAACAUUUUUUUCCAAAUUCAUAGGUACUCUUUUCAGAAAAUACUUUUAAGGAAAAUCAUUACUCACAAAAUGUACUCAUAAUAUUGUGCACCGUCCACAAUGAUAAGAUAUUAAUUUUAUUUUGGUUGAGCCGGAGAAUGACAUUUACACUUUACUGAAGAAAUCAAUAUCGAAUUCCAGCAGACCAAAAAUUCGAUAUGCAGUCGAUUCUUUUUCCUUAA